AUGCGGAACAAGGUGAAGAUUUGCCCAUCAUGUCAGAAGGCCUGCGCCCGCACGCUUGUUCAAUGCAACAAUUGCGGCACAAGCUUGGAGCUCGUCGAGCUUGCCAGCACAGACAACGUUUUGAUGGCAUUUGUUUACGGCAUCGAGAAGGGCGCAUCCUCCCUCAGCAUUUCAAUGCGUGCAUGCAACGACAAGCAUUUGGUCUUUGACGACCCGCUCACGGUUUCGGUGUGCCACUUGAACGUAAUCCCUACGAGUGCUCAUAUCCCCGACUUGCGCUUCCUGUUUAAGGAUCCUUGCCGUGGAAGGCAGAUCUUGCAAGGCAUGCUGGAUGAGGUCGACACAGUUUGCUUGGAGCAAUUCUGGUCUGACGAUCUCUUCAGGGCGACAUACUUGGGCAACAUGCCACCAGAUUUGAGAGCCAUGGGCAGUGCAGGUAUGAACUUCCCACCUUCCCAAUAUCAGCUGCAUUUGCAGUACGUCCAUGGGCCCAUGCUGCCCUUCCAGUAUGCCAUGUUUGAGAAGGGGCUCCACCUGCAACACGGCCGCUUCUUCCCAGUGCAGUUUUUGUUGGCUGCACUCGCAAAGGGUGAAGCAAUGCGGAUCGACGUAGACGAGGACACCCCAGUUGAGAAGAUCAUCCAACUGGCAGCAUCGUGCGGGGUGGACUACAACCGCUACUGGAGCCAGAUGUGGCUGCAGGUCAUGGCAAUCCAGAAAAAGUGCAGCCCAUGGCAGGACAAGGACUUUUGCUAUCGCAUUCACGGCGCCCGGGUCUUUGAUGCCUGUGGCGGCGAGAGUGAUGUGGACGUGAAGUCUAUCCAAGCAGCUGACGCGACACGUCAGCAUAACAAACUUCAUUGGAAAAUUAGGCGGAUGGGUGGGUAG